AUGUCUAUGAUAUGCUUAUGUAACUCUUGUUUGUCAUUAUCAGAAGUGAUGACAUUGUACACAGUGGAGUUCCUGAAUUCUAAAAACAACACGAAGAAAAUAAAAAAAGUUUCAAGCUUUCAGCUAGCUUAUACCAAGGUGCAAGAUUUUCGUUUUUCUGUUGGUCAUCGCAUUAUCUCUAUUUUCCGGGAUGGAAUUUCAGAUGAAGAGUAUUAUCCUGGUGUGAUUGCAGAACCACCAAAGUCCAUAAAUAGUUACAGGUAUCUAAUAUUUUUUGAUAAUGGUGGCUGUCUGUAUGUGAAACAUGAAGAUAUACGUCUUGUUGUGGAAAGUUCUCCAAGUGUGUGGGAAGAUGUUCAUAUGGAGAUUCGAUAUUUUGUUAAGAAUUAUCUGGAGAAGUACCCAGAGAGAGCUUUGCUUAAGGUGCAAGGAGGACAGUAUGUCAGUACUGAGUGGAAUGGGAGUUGGUACAAUGCAAAAGUUUUAGCAGUAAAUGCCUCUCUUGCUCAAAUGUCUUUCCCACCUAGUGGGAAACAUGUAGAAUGGAUCUACAGGGGAUCUGCCCGCUUUUAUCCACUUUUUGAGGCACAUAAUAGGACUUCUAAGGAGCAGUUUGCACGCUCAAAAUUGUUUACAAGAAAGCGAGGUGAUCCUUAUAUUCAGUACACCCUGGAAGAGGAAGAACAAUUGGACAGAGAGAUAAAAGAACAUGUAGCAGCCAUAGAUAAAUUUGAGCCAGUGCAUCAUUCCUCAGCUCAAACGAGCACAUCAUCUCAGCUAAAAGCCUGGUAUCCACAUUUACCAUCUGUAGUAAAAGCUCCUAAAAGGAUAUUUUACCCAUGCUGUUCUCAGGUUACCUAUAAAAUGCACAAGUGUCAGCCUUCAUGUCUGGUUGCAAGUACUGGAAAAGAUUGUGCCAGAUUUCGGAACCUCCUCAGUCAUCUUUCAGAACCAAUGUUACAAGGCUGGACGAGGGAGAAGGUGAAACAUUCAGAUUAUGUCUCUGUGUACUACAGAACUCCCUGCAAGCGCAGGUUACGUAAUAUUGAGGAGCUGCAUAAAUACCUGUUGAAAACUAAAUCCAAAAUGACUGUUGCCCAGUUCGACUUCGAUCAUUGGGUGAGGUGCUUCACAGAAGGGACUAAUGAGAAGUACUUCAUAAAAAUUGAGGAUAUCUCAAAUGGUGUAGAGGCUGUUCCUGUUCCCUGUAUUAAUACAGUUGACUCAAGGAAACCAGAUAAAUUUAUGUAUGUCACCAAGUAUGUGCCUACAAAUGGAACAUACAUUGAAACAGACCCAGAAUUUCUCACAUGCUGUGACUGCACUGAUGACUGCCUGGACAAGAAAAAAUGUACUUGCUGGCAGCUUACAAUGGAAGGAGCUAAAUAUAACCCAGAAAAUACGCUGUUCAGCCAAGAGGGUUACAACUACAAGCGUCUCUAUGAGCCACUCAUAACAGGCAUCUAUGAAUGUAAUUCACGAUGUAAGUGCUCAUCAACUUGCCUUAACAGGCUAGUUCAACUUCCCAUGAAGUGUAAGAUUCAGGUUUUCAUGACUCCUGACCAUGGAUGGGGAAUACGGACUCUUCAUGACACACCAAAAGGCAGUUUCAUCUGUUUAUAUGCUGGGCUUGUACUUCCAGAAAAAGUGGGAGACACUUUGGCAAAAGAAGCUGGCGAUGAAUAUCAAGCAGACUUGAAUUACAUAGAAGAUGCAGAAGAAGUAAAGGAAAACUAUGAGGAGAAUCCAUAUGAAAGUGAAUUAGAGGAGGACUAUGGCAAAAGGAAGAACUCAAAACACAGAGAACAAAUCACAAUUUCUCGGAAGUUAACUGGCAAGAGGUAUAGAAUUGUGGCACCAUCUACAAGAGUUCUGUUUGGCCGAAAUGGAAGAUAUAUCCUGGAUGCUAAAACCUGUGGGAAUUUAGCUCGAUUUAUCAAUCAUUCAUGUAAUCCAAACAUGUUUACCCAGAAUGUCUUUGUGGAUACACAUGAUCUCCGACUACCAUGGGUGGCUUUCUUCACCAAUUCAUUUGUGCCAGCCAAUACAGAGCUAACAUGGAACUAUGGUUAUGAUGUGGACAGUGUUCCAGACAGAAAGAUCAUUUGUAAAUGUGGUGAGCCAAAUUGUCAAGGCAGGUUGCUAUAAAUAGUUGUUUUUCUGUUGUUGUUGUUGUUGAUAAGGGAGAUCUGUAAUUAUUUAUUAUUUCAUAAAGUUUGAGCAUAAAAUGAACAAGUAUUUUUGUUUAACUGUUUCAGUACAAUUUAAGUAAAAUGUAUACUGAUGUAAGUGAAAUAAAUUUAUGUCUAUAGUAACAAAGAUUCCUUUAUUUGCCCCAUGGCAUGUCUUGGCUUUGAAGAUACAGUGAGUGAAUGCUUAUAAAUAUUUUCAGUGUUCAUUAUCCUGUAUUGUGCUUCUCAUUAUUGGCAUAGAGUAUUAUUAAAAGCUGUUAAUAGUUGCAUUACUUUUGAACAUUUGGCCACAUUUCGAGUCCCCCAAAAGUAUAUGACUGGCUUCUUGAAAAGUGUAUGUAAUUUAAUUUAUACAUUUUCUCUGAAAAUAUGUAUUAAUUAAUGAAACUGUAAACUGAUUAGUAAAUUAUUUGUGUAACAGUGCAUUCACAAUUAAAGUGGUAUAUAAAGCACAAAAUGUUGACAUACAUGAAAUGCAUUCACAGUUGCAAAUAUGGAUAACCAUCUGCUGUAUAAUGGAAGAUGUAUCAGAAGGCAUUGUAAUAUCAUAAAUUUUGAGAUGUUCAAGAAAUCUACUCCAACAUUAUAGUAUAAGAAACAUUCAGUUUUCUGGAGAUAUCAGCAGUGAAUUUUCACUCAGUGUUUCAAAGAUUACCACAUUUGCAUGGUUAGUAAUAGAAUGAUAUCUUGCUUCUGCUCAGUAUACCUUUUGUCAUAAGUCUUCUAACGGGUUGAUUUGGCCUGCCUCUUCCAUGGCAACAUCUUUGUCUCUGAGUUGCAGUUACUUCCAUUGUCCUUAGUUAUAUGUUGUAUACAUUCCAGUCAAUGACUUAUUACAGGCUCCAUCUAUUUUAUUCUCUGAGGUGUAAACAUAUGUUAUCAUCAUAUUCCUACAUCUACACAAGACAGUCUGUCCCUUUCCAAAGCACUAGAUAAACCUUAUAGGCCAGCGAUGUGCAGUUGCAUACCUAGGGAGUAUACAUAGCAGCAGCAGUAGUAUACUCUUAGCCUGAGCAGAUGAAUGUACUAAUCAAAAUAUGGAGAAAUUUUAAACAGAUUAAAAAAUGAAAGCACUUCAUACAUAAUUAUGAAGCCUUUUGUUAUGAAUUGAUUAUUUUAUAUGAAUAGAAAUAUUCUACUGAAUAAUCAAAUAGGGCACUCAGAGUUUCAUAGCUGUGAAAAUAAAUAGGAAAUAACCAAAAUAACAAAUUCUGAAUAUCGAUGCAAUAAGCCUGCAGAAUUAUUUCAUGUGCCUUAACAUUUAUCACUUGUUAACAAUAUGUAUGACACUUUACAAUAGCAUUUCAGAGUAUCAUAUUUGUGUUUUUUCUUGUCAUCUUCAUAUACUACUGUUAAGCAAUCUGAACUACUGCAACUUACUCUGUGCACGACACACACAAAAGAAAUGUGUUAACAAAUGUGUGGUAAUAGUGAAACUACUACACAAGUAAAGGAUUGUUCAACUAAACUGUUCACCUUAAACUGUUUGCAUCAAUAUGAAUCACAAGAAAGUCAUCACUAAGCAACACAGUGUUUCUUCAUAAUGUGUUACUUACAGAAAUAUUGUCAUUAAUGUUGCUUAUUCAAAUGUAACUAUAGCAAUUUCUGUUGCAAGAAUUGUAGUUCUCAAAGAGAUGAAUUUAAAUGAUAGUUUUGGAGAAAAGGCAAUUUUUAGAGUACUGGAUGUAUAUCCUUGCCUCUAAUCUCUGAUGAAGUUACAUUGACAUUCUUAUGAUACUUUUAUUUAUAAUAAGAAUAGUUAAGAUUUAGAAUGUUAGUUAAUCUAAUCACGAAGUUGCUGUCAUGAGGACAAGAAACAAAAUUGUAAAUAAAUCAAUGUGCUGUGGCAUAGAGGAACUAGUUAUUGUAUGCAUAUGUUUUUGCAAUGGUUAAUUAAUUCAUUGUAUGUGCUUCACUUGUGAUUUUACGU